CUGUUUGAUUCAUAAUACCACUGGCUCUCAUUCAAAUCGGAGCUAGUAAAGUCAGUAUCAGUGUUUCUCGGAGAAAUUCGAAAGAAUAUCUGAGCCAAGUCGGUUUAUUUUUGAGACAAAUAAUCAAUUGAGUUUCGAAAAAAUUUUAAGUCUCAAGAUGUCGCAUCUUUCCUCGGCCCAUGCCAGGGACUCCAUUGUUCUGUCCAUCACCAAAUCCGCCGAGUCGGACAACACCAAGAUCGCUCUGUGCGCCUCCUUGGAAUUGGCCACCUAUCGUGCCGAGAACUCUCAGCUGAAGGAGAAGCUGACCGAGUGCGAGUCCACCAUCGAUAGCCUGAAGCAGCUGGUUGCCAGGAUUGCCUCGAAGCAGGUCGAGAUCCUUGCCGAGUUGGUGGAGCUGCGCAAGAAGUGUCAUUCCGUUUCGACAACUUCGGGCGAGAUAAACACAUUGGAUACAUCGACAUCGACCGUUGAUGAUGACACUCCGGAUUGGGAUGGUUACAUGCCGGAGUGGGAUUUGUUGCAAUAUUCAGGGGCAGAGUCUCCAAUGGGCAGUUCCGCUUCGACCACAUCUGAGCUCGAUCUCCUGGAGGAAGACGACAAUGAGGGGGAGGCGGAGAAUAGUGAGGAGAAUGAUGAGGAUGAAGAUUCUCAGCAUACGUCGGAGAUUUCACAUCAGUUCCUGGAAGACACCUGGGAAGACGGCAGCGACAACUAAUUCCAUGCGCAGUUUUAAAUACAAGUACUAGUUCGUCACCCUAAUACAAAUACAGAGUUUAUAGUAGCAGCAACUA